AUGUCUGGCGGAUCCCUCUCGAACAAGAUCGGCAACGCUACCGAUGGCACGGUCGGCGAGCAGACCCUCACCAACGAGGCCACGAAGCUCGCCUCGCACACGCUCGACUACGCCAAGGGCGUCGUCGGACUCGGCAAGGACAGCGGCGCAUCCCAGGCCGACUCGGCGUCGACCUCGCACGGCGCAGAGGGCUCGCAGACCCUCGGCGGGCUCAUCAACGAGGGUCGUGACUUUGCGGCUCACGUCCUCCACGCUGCCAGCGAUGUCAUCGGCUCGGGCGCCGACAAGGCGAAGGAGGCUGCCGGUGACGCUCAGAAGUCGGCGGACGGCUCUGCUGCCCAGGGCUACGUCGCCAAGGCGCGGGACCUCGCCGCCUCUGCUCUCCAGACCGCCGAGGGACUGAUCGCUGCUGGCCAGAAGAAGGCGGAGGAGGCGUCCGGCACCACCGCCGACGACCUCAAGGCGAAGACGGACAACGCCGCAAGCUCGCUCAACCAGAAGGUCGAGGAGUCGAAGGCUGGCUCGAACGAUGCUGCCGCAUCGGCGCAGGGAUACGUCGCGGCGCUUCAGAAGGACGCGAAGGAGUCGUCGGCGCAGCUCGGCUCGAACCUCCAGAAGCAGGCCGACAAGGCGACGCAGUAG